AUGCCUGCCGACCGCACCAGCAGCGCAGCCAGCUUCGCCGAGGCACAGGCCCUUGGCCUCCCGCUCUCGUCGCACGGCGCGCGGCACGCUCCCUCCAUCGCCCGUGGCCUGGCCUGCCAGACGUGCAGGAAGCGCAAGCUCAAGUGCGACGGCGCCAAACCGGCGUGCGGUGCCUGUGCGAGGAGCGCCACCAUCCACGGCGACGACGUCGACGUCCUCGUGUGCUCGUACGACGACCCGGCCGUCAAGAAGAAGCGCGCGUCCCCGACGAGCGCCGCAAAGGUCGCCGCCCUCGAGGCAGAAGUCGCCGAGCUCAAAGCCGCCCUGUCGCGUACGCGCCUGACGAGCCCGCCGAGCAGUUUCGCCCCGACCUCUGCCCCGACCGACUUCUCGCCCGUCGUACCGCCGCCUGUCGCCGGCCAACCCUUCCCAUAUCUCCCCAGUCCCGACUCGUCCUUCCACCCGUUGUCGGCGACCUAUCAGCAGCAGCAGCAGCAGCACGUCCCGUACCUGCAGCAGCCGACUGCCGCCGGUCCUUCUCGCCAGAGCCGCCCGGCCACCUCGUCGAGCCGGUCCUGGUGCGGCGGCGUGCCGCCCGACCCGUCGUCUUCCGCCGCCGUCGCCGCCGUCGCGACCGCGACCGAGUACGGCUCGACGAGCGGCGCGUCGCCGCCGUUCACGCCGCCGUCGGACCCGCUCUUCGACCUGUUUUACCCGGGCUGGCCGCGCGACCUGCCCGUGCCCGAGGUCACGCAUCGCCUCAUCGACGUCUACUUCGCCAAGCCGCACAUGUGUCGAGACGUCGUCAACGAGGUCAAGUUCCGCACGGCCAUGACGCUGCCGCCGACGAGCGACGGGUUCCCGCACACGGCCCUCAUCCACAUCAUGUGCGCCAUCGCCGCCCUCAUGGUCCCGGACGACUACCUCAAGGGCGAGACGUACUGGCGGUCGGCGAGCAAGCCCGUCGAGUACCACCUCGCGAGGUGCAAGCUGUCGCUCGGCGCCAACCUCGGCUUCGGCCCGCUCUUCCAGACGGUCCAGGUCCACGGCCUCCUCUGCUACGUCCUGUACACACAGGCGCGAUGGAUCGAGCUCUGGCAGACGUGCGGGCAGGCGACGAGGAUCAGCACCCCCUUGGGCCUCAACCACGUCCGCGCCGCCAACGACGUGCCGCAGGGCCAGGGCGCGCACUUCAAGGGCCACCUGCUCCGCAAGACGGACGACGACGACGAGCUCAACGAGCGAGCGGCGACCUUCUUCAUCUGCCUGUUCGCCGACCGGUGCGCCUCGGCGAGCACGGGCUGGCCCUGCUCGAUCUCGGACAUCGACAUCACGACCGUCAUCCCGACGCUCGGCGCGCCUUAUCCUCGCGGCGACGCCCUCACGGCCUCGCCCCUGUCAAUCCACAACCCGUCGUUCUUCGUCCAGCAUCCGCCGCACCUCGUCGGCCCGCAGCAGCUCUACAGCAAGGCCGUCGUCCUCCUCGGCAAGACGUGCCAGUUCAACGCGCGCGCGCCCUACAUCGCGACCACGUCAGGCGCCGGCUCGGCGCUCAACGACGCCAUCUCGGACCUGCGCUUGACCGACGCGUUCAAGCGCACCGACUCGAUGAUUCGCGGCUUCAUCGCGUCGAUCCCGCGCGGGUACCAGUUCCAGCACCGGCCGCUCGGGAGCGGCGCGGCCGACGUCCUCACCGAGACGCGCCUGUGCCUCGUGCACGGCAUGGCGCACGCGAGCAUGAUCCUCCUGCACGAGCCGUACGUCGCGACGCUCGACGACAACGAGCCGAGCCUGCGCCAGUGCGUCGCGAGCGCCAACGAGAUCUUGCGGUCCAUCUUCCUCAUCCUCGGCACGAGCUACGAGAUUGCCCUCUUCUCGCCCUUCAUCUCGUACUGCUGGGCCUGCGCCGGACGCACCUUCAUCCGCCAGAUCGGCAUCAAGCAGGUCAAGGGCGUCACGUACGGCGUCGACGAGCUCCGGAGCAACGUCGAGACGAUCCUCGUCGUGCUCAAGGCCCACCGUACCCCGCUCGGCGACAACACGCACGACACACUCAAGCUCCUCCUCGACAGCCCGAUGAGCUGUCUGCCGCGCCCGUUCCUCUCGUUCGCCGAGACGGACGGGCGGUUCCUCAUGUGCCACGAGCCGCUCUCGCCGACGCCGCUCCACGAGCAGCUCGGCACGGCGGCAGCUGCGGCGGCGACGGCCGCAGGGAACGGCGGGCCGUGGCAACAAGGAGGAGGAGGAGGCGGCGGCAUCGUCGAGUCGCCCGACGGCCCGCGCUUCUACGAGCUGUCGAACGGCUCGAGCAGUGUGUCGCCGCCCGGCUCGGGCUUGGGCUCGGCGCCGAGCGUCGUCCACAGCCAAGGCAGUGUCAUGGACGCCGACAGUCUGAGCGGAUACGGCGGCAGCGGCGGCGGUGGCGAGCCGCCAACGCCGAGCUCGUUCGCGACGCGGUACGGUGGCGAGGGCGGCGGCAUGGACGUGCCCGUCGACGCGUACCUGCAGGCCAAGGCGGUCGGUGGCGAGACGGCUUUUACGAUGGCGAGCCCGGGCGACUGGUACGCCGGGCAGAACCUGCAGGGGCUCGAGCAACUGCUCCAGCUCCAGUGA